GAAUAACUAAGCAUGUCUCAAGAUAAAUGACGUCAUAUAAUAAUGAACAUUCAAGAUGGCGGAAAUGAUGAAUACCCGCGUAAUACUUGAGAGAUAAAACAGUGAUUAAUGACAAAGGACCAAGUCUGAAUGGCCAAGGCUGUUUUUCAGAACCUUGAAGGUACUCAACAAUGGGAACGACGAUCGGACACUCAAGAUAAAUCAAGAUAGAAGAUACGCAUGAUGGAUGUUUUACUUAUUCAGACUUUUCGUACGCAAUUUCAUAAACCGAAUUAACAUCUACAACGAAUAUACAUUCCAUUGGUCAUGUAGAACGAGGAUACUCCUAUUUGUUAGGAAAUUUCAACUUUUUAAAUAUAGUUCCUAAGCAGCAUGAUGUAAGCCAAAUGUAUUAUGUAUACGACAUAAAAGCCGGUUUUCAAAACAACACAUGUUCGAGAGGUUUUAACAGCAAAAUGAUCAUUUUGGGGUAUACAUUGUCAGUUUGAUGGAAAUGAUAGGUGGAGGAAUCUUAUGGUUUUUACAAGAAGACGGAUUACAUUCCCAUCGUUUCUGUUUAAGGUAUAUAAAGGGAACGCCAUAAUCGUAAACAUUAUACACGUUUAAAACGUGUCGUGAUAUAAAAUGGCGAUUAAGUGUAAAAGAAUACACAAACAGCUGCUACUACUGAUUGGGAUAUUUAUAGUUCUGAAUUGUAUGCUCAAUGUCAUUCCACAAUAUCAAAUACUGCAGAAAAAUAAAAUCCUUUUUGAUGUGCCACAUUUGGAUUCAACGUUAUUCAACAACCAUUCCACAACAAUUGUAACGCGGAAGCGUGAACCAGUCCAAAUAUGGAAACUCCAUCCAUCCGAUGAUAGAAUAUUAGCGCAGGUAAAAUUUCGGCCAAACGUGGAUUUUACCAGUUUGCCUCCUAAACGAAUCCUACUCGCCCAGGGUUUGUCUGGCUGGGGUGUUCAGAAUGGGAACAAGGCCUUCGUUGAACAUCAGUGCCCCGUACAAAACUGUCAUCUGCUGGAACACCCUCCUUCUAGCGAAAUUAUUGAUGCUCGGAUAUUUAAAGAAAUAGAAUUAAACGAAAACAUGUAUCGGGAAGCUUUAUCGGUCGUUCCGCGACACCCGGAUCAAGCCUGGAUUAUGUUUGGACUGGAGAGUCCGGAGGCUAGUCCGAUGUACGCAAAUCUUAAUGACGUCAUCAACUGGACUGCCACCUAUCGGUACGACUCAACAAUAGUAACGCCAUACGAUAAAUUUAAGGCAUACGACAAUUUUACGAAUAUAUCAGACUACAAACCAAAUAAAAACUUUGCCGCAUCCAAAACAAAGAUGGCUGCUAUUUUUAUGUCCAAUUGUUACGCAUCUAACAAUAGACUGGAUAUUGUAAAAGAACUCCAACAAUUCAUAAGUGUAGAUUUUUACGGAGCCUGCGGGACUUUAACGUGUGAACGAGGAAAUGAAAAGACAUGCUUUCAGAAGCUCAAAGACGAGUACAAAUUCUAUUUGUCUUUUGAAAAUGCGAACUGUCGGGACUAUAUCACCGAUAAACUGUUUCUGAACGCACUGAGAAACGACGUAGUUCCGGUCGUGAUGGGCGCACAUCCUGACGACUACAGCAGGAUGGCGCCACCGGGCUCCUACAUCCACGUGGAGGACUUCCGGUCAGUACAGGAACUCGCCAAUUAUCUGAAAUUCCUUAACCAAAACGACGACGAGUACAUCAAGUACUUCCGUUGGAAGCAGACCGGUUCGUUUAUUGACACGAAAUUUUGGUGCCGGAUUUGUUCGUUGCUAUGGGACCAUGAAAAGCCCCGGAUGUCGGUGCCUUAUUUGAACAAGUGGUGGCGUGGGAAAGGCGUAUGUAUCGGCAGAGGACGCUGGGACAAAGAAAUGGAAAAUAUUGAUUCUUUAAAAAGUGAUCUUCUAUUUAACACAGGAAUUGAAUAUGUAAACAAAUAAGAAAUGCAAAAGCGUCCAAAACCGCUUCCCUUCCAAUCUACGUGGUGAGCCCGACCUAAAUUUAGAUUGCACGAAACCAGAAUGUUUUGACAAGGCAAUUGCAAUGUUUGCAUAUGAAUUCGAAAAAACAACAACAACAUAAUUUUAGAACAGGUGAGCACAGUAAUCCACGCGGCGUUAUCGACGUAACAUUUGAUUUCAUUCAUAUUUCGCGUUAGCGCAGACCUCGUCCCACCAGUCAAGUUGUUUAUUUGUAGUAUCUCAUUUGUUUGCUUUAGGUCUUACAUGAGAGCGCUUUAUUCAGUGACAGCGUUUUUAAAUGAUCCCACAAAAUCAUUCAAACCAUUGCCAAUAUUCAUGCUAUUGGGACUCAUAAACACGUAAAAUAAUUCUUCGAACGUCUGUUCAAAGACAACUUUUGCAGACUCUUGCCAGUUGAUUGUUUGAAACGGUAUGAUGUAAAUAUCUGUUCUUGCUAGUUGAUCUUCGUCUGCGAGGUAUAUAAUGUCCAAUGCAUUUUCAGUUUUUUCACAGACUAUAGGGCCAUGGUUUGAAAUGUUCAAAUUGUCAACUGAGAAGUCGACGGCUGAUUGCAUUGAAGUAUAAAAUUGCAAAAAAUGUUUCAACAUUUCCAUGAUAAUUUGUUAAUGGAUAUGGUAUUCAUACUAAAGAAAUAUUGGCAAAGGAUAUAUACAUUGCAGACUGUUUCUUAAUUGAUUAGCUCCCCAAGGCACAUUUUUUCUCGUGCAAUAACUUGUUUGCAAUCGUCUUGGUCAUACCUUCAGUGUGAAAUUAUUUGCUGAUUUUAGUAAAAGAGCGUGUUAUUAUAUCAAGAGUGGUCAUAUUACACAUCUGAUCGCCAAUGUCGGAGCCGCACAGGAUUUUAACAUACGAAUUGACACUGUAACCAAAGCGUUUUCUCCAUAUAGUUUGUACAUAUGACGUAAGUAAAUGUGCCGUUCAUUACUCAAGUGGAAAAUUGUAUGCCUUACCAUACUGUAGUAGCCUUUUGUAACAAUUGUGGCGCAUACAUAUUCGAUGCUUGAAUUGGGUUCCAUAGAACAUACCUACAAAAUGAUUUUCAAAUAUAAUGUACAAAAUAUUGUUUUGAUUUACCCAUUAUUUGCUAUGUCUGCACAUUGAUGGUCUUAAUCGUCUAGAAGAAUUGUGUGGGCUCUGACAUAUAUACAUAUUUGUGUUUGUGAAGAGUGUUUUUGUCAACAAUUUACAUUUUCACUUUGUUUGUGCUAGAAACUGCAAUGUUCAAAGAACGAAUGUCCUGUUUAAAAAAAUAUAUCAACUUACUGUAAAUAUUUUGCAUCGAUUACAGUGUUAAAGAUAACAUUAAUAAGCUUACACAAAUAUAUGGGUUGUUCAACAUGUU